CAGAGAUGAAUUUCAAGUAGUCACAGAGAAAACGGCAAAUUUGUGGAAAAAAAUUGAUCAUUUUAUUGUUUGCAAACUCAACGUUGCAACGUGCAACUUAAAAAUACAAAGCAAUUAUUAAUUAAUUACCAAUUUUUGUAGUUGAUACAGACGUUGAAAAGAGAGAAUAUUUUUGCUGUUAUAUAAAAGCAUAUUUGAACAAACUAUAGAAAUGAACGAAAAUUCAGGCUUACAUGAGAGUCUGUCUUCAACGCAAUUACGCAGAACUGUAUCGCUUAUCCUAAUAUUGGCUUUCUUUUCCGUAAUUGGAGUGGGCCAAACAUUCGUACAACCAUUUCUGCCACAUGAACUGUCGGCCAGAGGAGUUCCAUCGGCCUUCAUAGGCGUCAUUUUCAGUGCUUACGACAUUGCAAACCUGGUAUCAUCAAUUUACCUUUUGUUCUUUUUCGUCAACUUCAAGCAACGAAAACUACUAUUUUGUCUCGGUGGAUUUAUCACCGCUGUUGCGGUUUUACUAUUCGGACAACUGCAAACAACUUUCACAGGCAUUUUUUAUAUUGCAGCAUGUAUGAUAGCACGUUUGGCGUGGGGGUGCGGAUACAGUAUUAUUUGGGCGACCGCUCCGCCACUAUUAAUGAGCCUCUUCCUUAAAUAUCCAGCCUUUACCGUGGCGAGUACUUUGAGCUCAGCAGUAUUAGGAGUUUUGAUAGACCGUGGAUCCGCAGGAGUUAUUUUCUGCUUUCCGGGAUUUAUGCUAAUUGCACUUUCGAUGUUUUCAAUAUCUCGGCUCGGUUCAGUGUCGAACCAGAGCAUAAGCCUGAUCAUUUUUGAAAUUCUGAUUGCCAUGUCUGGAAUUGGGGUUUAUUCCGUCACGAACUCUUCAAUUCCCAUCUUAAGACGAUUAGUUUCUAGUCAUGAAGAUAUUCCAAUAGUUUUAAUAGACACAUACGCGACAUUAACGUACACUCUAUGCACCGGUGUCGGCGUCAGUUUGGGUCAAAUUUUAGUCGGAGGACUAAUUUGCGGUCGCUUUGGGUUCGAAAAUGGCUGCUUAGCAAUAGCCAUCGCAAGUGCAAUGUCUGGGGCUGUAACUAUGGUCACUUUGACGAAGAAAGGAAUAUUAUUCGGAACUCAAAACCAUCUGGUCUACGAGUUAGAUCUGGAUAUCUCAGAAGACGGUGACUCUAUCAGCGCAUAAACUGUCUUUUAUGUAAU